AUAGAGGACACACCUACCAUGCUUUAAUGAUCGACCAAUCAUCCACGUCCCCCGGACCGCGGCUGCUGCGCGCACACACACAGCCACAGUAUGGAGAGACCGAGACAGAGGUGGACGCGGUCUGUCUUAAUGGAGAGAACUGACCUGCUUAGUGCGCAGUGACAGGGGAAUAAAACAGCCAGAGCAGAUUGACAGAAGAAGUUUAGUGUGACGAGUGAUCUCUCUGCGCGGUUUUCGUUUUCACUGAACGUCAUCCAGGUCCACGGGUUCAAGUUGCACAUAGGAGAAGGCUACAAGUUUCCAAUGGACAGAUAUUUGGAGACGGCUGGCGCAACAAGCAUGGGAUUAUUUUUGUAAUGUGGAUUGCUAUUCCAUUGCAAGAAAAUAAAGGUCUGUUGCGGAAAAAUGUGAGACGUCUUGCGUCUUGGAUUCUCGUUUUUCUGGAUAUUUUGAAAAUCAUUGGCAACAGUUGAGAAGAAAAGAAGUUAUGCGCAAAGGAUUGCUCCGUCCCCAGGACCAAUAUGGAUCUGCCAUUACCCCCUGCCCCUUAUUUAGAGAAGUUUUAGCCGGUCCACUUGUGUUGUUGUUGUUGUUGUUUGUACUUCUUGUUGUAAACUUGAUGCUCGAGGACAAAUCGCCACAUUGGCCUGUUGGAUUUUAAAACGUCGCCUGCCUUUGGAUUGGAUUGCCAACACGAUGAACUUUAUUGACAGUUUGACACUAUUAUUUUUGACGCUGUCAGCUGUCAAGAGCGCCCACAUACCGAAGGAAACAGAAAGAGGUCCACAUGACGUGAUCCCUUUAAUGGAGGUGUACAACAAGAGUUUGUGUAAGCCGCGGGAGCUGCUGGUGGAGAUUCUGCAGGAGUAUCCGGAGGAGGUGGAGCACAUCUUCAUCCCGUCCUGUGUGGUGUUGACGCGCUGCGCCGGCUGCUGCAAUGAUGAGAUGCUGCAGUGCAUGCCAACAUCCAGCUAUAACAUUACAAUGGAGAUUAAAAGAAUAAAACCCCAAAGGCAACAAAAUGAUAUUUUCAUGAGUUUUACAGAACACAGCGCAUGUGAGUGUAGGUUAAAGAAAGAAGUGAAAGAACAGAAAGAAAAAAAACCCCGGACAGGCAAGGGUAAAGGCCAAAAGAGAAAACGAAAGAAAAACCGCGACAAAACAAUUCACGAUGCUGUUUGUGAGCCAUGUUGUGAUCACUGCUCAGAGAGGAGAAAGCGUUUGUUCGUGCAGGAUCCUGUAACCUGCCGGUGCUCCUGCAAACACACAGACGAAUACUGUAAAGAACGCCUGCUAGAGCUCAACGAGAGGACCUGCAAAUGUGACAAGCCAAGGAGAUGAGAGAAGUGGCAGCACCAGAUGUACAAGAUGAAGGAAGAGAUGUAGAGAUAGAGAUAUUUCACAGCACAGCACUUUGACCUUUGAACCGUAAGCUCUUCUUUUCUGUGGAAAGCAUUCCCCUUGGACUGACUGAGAGAGAACACUAAAGAAAGACUGAACUGAAGUUUCCUCCCACUGUAUAUCUGUGUGUAUAUAGACCAUGAUAAAAAAAAAGAGUACAGAAUUGUUAUGCUGCUACAGAAACAAAUAACCCAUCAUUUGACAAAAAGCAACUAGCCGCCAUGUGGUUUUGCAUUUCUAACAGGCUUGCGAUGCAGGUGUAGUCGUGUUGUCAAUUCAUUGUAUGCAAUUACUUCACUGGAUAUGAGUCUCUACUGUGGUUGUGUGUCAAUCAUGAAAUUGCAAAACCUCUCAAUCUAAGAUAUAUUUAACUGCUAAAACAGCGGGUGAGGCCGAAGAGGACAUGGGAGCGCACUCUCCUUUCAAACAUGAUGGAUGGAUUUUCGUCGGUCGAUGUCUGCUUUUGCUUUUGGAGUAUGACGGCAGGACAAAUGGGACAGCUGAAUCUGUCUCUACAUGAUGUCGCCUCCUUUCCUGUGAGGACAUUGCAGGACUGACUUGGACUUAUUGUGAUCAGCUUGCAGGAGAAGAGACUCUGGAGUGCCAUAUACUUUUAAAGGGAUACUGGUUAUCAAUAUAGCAUCUAAUGUUUGUGCUAUGUCCUACAUGAAAACCACUGAAAACAUCCUAUACUGUAGUUUGAUUCCAUUUGAAAAACUGUGCCUCACAAAAUGUACUGAGAAAUCUUUCGAGUGCUUUUUAAAUUAUUUUUUGUUUCCUUUUUUUUUCAGGAGAGGGGAUUGUCAAAGUAGUUUUGUUAGUUGUUGAACUCAAUACAGAAUCCAUUGAAUACAUAUCUUCUUCUCUGAACUUGUACAUACUUAAUAUCCCUUUAUGCCAUAGUCCAUUCUAGAUAAUUUAUAAUGUUAUAGAGUAUUUUUCAGUAUUCAGUCUUCUACCCAUAUUUAAUUUGGUCUAUUUAUGUAUGCAGUGUUAUGUACCUGUGGCUGUCCUAUCUCCCCCCAUGUGUAAGCUCACUGAUGGCUAAUCUCAGCAUGGAGACUCUCUGUGCUUUUCUACGAAACACGAAAAAAAAAAAAAAAUCAAAAAUGAUUUGUUAACAUUCCCUUAAAUGGAUCAUUUGUACUUGUGUACUGAUGACAUCUCAUGAUGAUUUUUCAAUAGGAUCUCGCAGAAAUACGUGAAAUGACCAUGGCCUCUGAACGCCACGUUACAUGGUAUCGUGUUGAAAUUACGUUGUGGCAGCACGGCUGGAUUUAGACACCAAAACUUCUUGGUUAGGUAAGAAAAAGAUUGCAUUUUUGGUUAAAAUAACUACGUUUGUUACAUACAGGGGAACACAAUUGGGUGUAGGCACAAAAUUGUUUGGUGAGGUUUAGGAAAAAAAUGACGUUUUCAGUUAAAAUUACUAGGUUUGUUACGUAUGCGACGGCACAGUUGGGAUUAGACACCAAACUGGCUUGUUUAGGUUUAGAAAAAGAUUGGGUUUUCGGUUGAAAUAACUACGUUUGUUACAUACAGAACAACAGGAUUGGGUUUAAGCACAAAAUUGGUUGGUUAGGUCUAGGAAAACAAGUUUAAAAUAACUACGUUUUUAUGUAUUGAGCGGCACGGUUGAGAUGAGGCAGCAAAUCUGCUUGUUGAAAAUUGUGUUUUCAGCUAAAAUAACUAUGUUUGUUAGGUUCAUGGCAACACAAUUGGGUAUAGGCACAAAACUGGUUGGUGAGGUUUAGAACAAGAUUGUGUUUUCAGGUACAAUUACUGUGUUUGUCAUGUAUGGAGCAGCAUAAUUGGGUUUACCCACUAAAAUACAUUGAAAGCUUUACAAAUGAUCGCAUUUUCGGUUAAAAGUACUAUGUUUUUUGUUUUGUUUUUUUGCGGUAUAUGGCGGCACAAUUGUGUUAAGGCACCAAAACUGCUUGGUUUGAUAGUUACAUGACGUUUCAUGAUGUAACUACAUGAACGGCGUCAGUAAGUAAAACAUGAAGUGAAUGUUCGGUUUUUCCUUUAACGCAUCCACCAACGUUACCACUUCUCUAAGCAGACUUUCUCACUCUUUGUACUAUCUGCGGCAGUAACAUUAACAACCAGCCAGUGCGUGAUGUGGUUGAACCAGGAAAUUUGUCUGUCCACCAUGACCAAGGAUCUGAACUGACUUUCCAUUUCAACACAAUUUGUGCCACCAGCAAGUAAUGCCGUGUUAAGACGUAAUUUCUUGUAUUUCUGUGAGACCAUGUUGGAUUUUUUAGCCCCUCUUGUCCAAGGGUGCAGGUGCCGUGUAGGAUUUUAACAUACGUGUAUCUGUGUGUUUGUGUACGUGUGUAUGAGUGUGUGUUCACGUGCAUUUUCCGAUGUGCACAUCUGUGAGUAGGUGUUAGUGAGUUGUAUUUAAGUAUUUAAAGUAAGUAGCGGGCCUGUGUUUUGUCCGUCCUGCAAGAUGCAAAUACAAAUAAACUACUGCUAGCAGCUCAGCGUACGCCACAACACCACCACCACCACCAUUUUAAAUCUGGAUAACAAUAUGCAUCGUCUCUGCCAUCAGUCUUAGAGCCCUCAUUAUUAGUUCUCUUUGUCUCUCCUUCACUAUUAACAUGUUUUCUGUGUCUAUGUAAAACAGUAAAGCAUAUUUAUUUUCAAAUUAUAUUGUUUUUAUAUAAAAUAAGGAAAAGGUUGCUGUGUUGUGAAUGCUGUGUUUAAUUAGGCAACAUGAGUUUUCCAUGUUUUUGUGCGGCAAGUUGAUACUCACACAUCUAAGUAAGAAUCCCUGCAGAAUGUAAUCUGAAUGAAAUUAGAACAGAGAAAUAAGAAAUUCCUGCACGCUUUUCAUGACAGACAGACAGAUAUUAAGCCUUACAAAUAAAAUGGCACUUUGAA